CAGCAAGUACGGAGUCCUUCAGCAUUCCGAGCUUCACAUGAGCCUCUCAAGGACCGUGGAGAGUGUUGGUUACGCUAGGUCCACCGCCUCUUGUUAUGGUGGAGCUUGCUGUCGAUAUGUCGUUUUAUUCAAUGUCUGUGCGUUGAGGAUGAGUUGCUCGAUAUGUGUACAGCACUCUCCAGUGGCCACAUAUCGGGCAAUGGCGGGUCAAGAUAAUGUGCUUCCGUUAUAGAAUUGCCAAGCAAUGCCGCUGAGCGCUCACUCUGGUGACAGUGGGACUACCAUAUCAUAAAUAGGCGACAUGCCACGCUUCCUGCUACCAAACACUCCCAUCGCCUCGGAAUCUACUCGUCCAACGCAUCAUCAUAUCCAGGCAUGGCUCACGUAAAGAUCGACCCAGCCAUACUCUAUUGGGGAACGCCAGUCGUCCUCAUCACAACGACGAACGAAGAUGGCACGUCCAACAUUGCACCAAUGUCGUCCGCCUUCUGGCUUGGCAAUCGUUGCAUCCUGGGCCUGGCAUGGAACUCAAGGACCACAAUUAAUCUGCAUCGGACUGGCGAGUGCGUUCUGAACCUGGCUUCGGACGAAAUGGCUCCCGCUAUCAACGCGUUGGCUAAGACGACAGGCACCGAAUUCGUCCCAGAGUUUAAGCUCUCGAAAGGAUACAGCUAUAUCAAAGACGAGUUUGCUGUAGCACAUCUUACGCCUCUGCCUUCGGAGAAAGUCCAAGCUCCGCGCAUCAAGGAAUGUCCAGUCCACAUGGAGGCUCGUCUUGUGAAAUACACGGCGACGCUUGGUGGUUUCAUUCAUGUCAUCGAGGUUCGGGUUUUGCAGACUUACAUAGGUGAAGAAUUGAGGAUGCCAGGCUAUGAGAAUCGAGUGGAUCCUGAUCGAUGGCGGCCCAUGUUCAUGAGCUUCCAGCGAUUGUAGGGGUUAGUGCCUGGAGGCACUAGGUUUGAGUCAGUACUUGCGCAGAUUGAGGAAGAAGGGUAUCGUUUGGCGAAGGAAGACGGCGGCGUUGCUUCUCCGUAACCGUGGCCAGACCAUGAGCAGCAGCAAUGCUGUAGGUAAUAGCCAGCUCGUAAACAGCAAUGUGA